AUGUCACCAGUUGGUUUGUCUGGCCUUGUAAAUGGCUUGAAACAAGAGUUUGAGUCCGCAGAAGCUUUAAAGUCUUCUGAUGUCACUGCUGAAGCUUCAUCUGCAAAAUGUACUCUGCAAAGUAACCCUCGUUUACCUGCAUUCUCAGCUGAUGGGGACUUUGUUAUUGGAGGUGUUUCCUCCAUUCAUUACCAACAUUAUGCAGUGAUUUAUAAUUACACCAGCGAGCCUGAGUCUUUAAGAUGCACUGGGAGCUUUAAUGGCCGAGGUCUACGUUUCUCUCGCACUGUACUCUUUGCCAUCGAGGAGAUAAACAACAGCACAGAGCUGCUGCCCGGCAUCAAACUUGGAUAUCGGAUCUAUGAUUCAUGUGUCUCAGUGCCGGUUUCAGUGCAUGUCGCGUUCCAACUUUUAAAUGGAGAGGACCCUUUGUUCUACAAAGGCAUGAACUGUUCCCAGUCUGGUGUGGUGAUGGCUGCUUUUGGAGACUCGGGAUCCUCUCCUUUAAUCAGCAUGUCACGCAUCUUUGGAUCUUUCAACUUUCCUCUGGUCAGCAACUUCGCCACUUGUGCCUGUCUGUCAAAUAAGCAGCAGUUCCCAACUUUUUUUAGAACAAUCCCCAGUGAUCAUUACCAAGCUGAUGCAUUGGCCAAGCUGGUAAAACACUUUGGCUGGACUUGGAUAGGUGCUGUCCACUCAGACUCGGAUUAUGGGAAUAAUGGCAUAACAUCUUUCCUUGAAGCAGCGCUAAUAGAGGGGAUCUGUGUGGAGUACACUGAAUCUUUCUUUAGAACAGAUUCAAGGAGCAAGAUCCAAAGAGUCGCCAAUGUUAUCCGUAGAUCAACAGCUAAGGUUGUUGUGGCGUUUACAGCUGCUGGUGAUAUGAAAGUCCUUUUAGAGGAGCUGGCUUUGAACACUCCUCCAUCUCGUCAGUGGAUAGGGAGUGAAUCCUGGGUAACUGACCCACUCUUGAUGAGCUUCAGUUUCUGUGCAGGGACCAUUGGAGUUGCCAUUCAGCAAUCUGUCAUUCCAGGCUUGAGAGACUUCCUUCUGGAUCUCUCUCCCUCUGAAGUGAUUGCCUCUUCAGUCCUGACUGAAUUCUGGGAGGAUGCAUUCAACUGCAGCUUUAAAAAAACUGCUGAUCCAGACAAGAGAGAGUGUGAUGGAAUGGAAGAUAUCAAAACCCUCAAAAGCCCAUACACUGAAACAUCUCAGUUAAGAAUUGCUAACAUGAUGUACAAAACUGUUUAUGCAAUAGCGCAUGCCAUUCAUAAUGCAGUGUGUCAACAAACUAAUGAAACCAUUCAAUGUGACAAACAUGUCAGACUGGAGCCUAAACAGGUUUUCACUGAAUUAAAGAGAGUAAACUUCUCGAAGAAUGGUUACCAUGUGUCAUUUGAUGCCAAUGGGGAUCCUGUAGCUUUUUAUGAACUGGUAAACUGGCAGAGAGAUGAUAGUGGUAUUACUGAACUGGUAACAGUGGGGUACUAUGAUGCAUCACUGCCCAAGGGCCAGGAGUUUCAUAUCAACCGGAACUUAACCUGGGUGGAUGGUGGCACACAAAUACCAGUGUCUGUUUGCUCUGAGAGUUGCCACCCUGGAACUCGUAAAGCGUUGCAAAAAGGAAAACCCAUCUGCUGCUAUGAUUGUAUACCAUGUCAUGAAGGAAAGAUCAGUAAUAUGACAGAUUCUCCUGAUUGCUUCCUGUGCCCCAAAGAGUUCUGGCCGAAUCCAAAGAAAGAUCAUUGUUUUCCCAAACCUGUUGAGUUUCUCUUCUUUGACGAAGUCCUGUCAAUCAUUUUGGCUGCAUUCUGUAUUAGUGGGGCCUGUUUGGCAAUUAUAACAGCAGUGAUUUUCUUUUGUCACAGGACAACACCAAUUGUCAGAGCCAACAACUCUGAACUGAGCUUCUUGCUUCUUUUCUCUCUGACUCUGUGUUUUUUAUGUUCAUUAACGUUCAUCGGAGCACCUUCUGAGUGGUCUUGCAUGUUGCGACACACAGCAUUUGGUAUCACCUUUGUCCUUUGUAUCUCUUGUGUUCUUGGGAAAACUGUAGUGGUUUUAAUGGCCUUUAAUGCUACACUCCCAGGAAGUAAUGCUAUGAAAUGGUUUGGUCCUCUACAGCAAAGAAUGACUGUAGUGUUUCUCACAUUAAUUCAAGUUAUAAUAUGUACUUUGUGGUUGGUUCUGAGUCCUCCUUUCCCAAUGAAAAAUCUAACCACUUACAAGGAGAAGAUCAUUCUGGAAUGUGCUUUAGGCUCUGCUGUUGGCUUCUGGGCUGUACUCGGAUACAUCGGCCUGCUGGCUGUAUUUUGCUUUGUGUUAGCUGGUCUAGCUCGGAAACUACCUGAUAAUUUUAACGAAGCCAAGAUGAUAACCUUCAGCAUGCUGAUCUUCUGUGCAGUCUGGAUCACCUUCAUCCCAGCAUAUGUCAGCUCUCCAGGGAAAUAUACUGUGGCUGUAGAGAUAUUUGCCAUUCUGGCUUCCAGUUUUGGGCUGAUACUGUGUAUAUUUGCUCCAAAGUGUUUUAUUAUUUUGUUUCAACCAGACAAAAACACCAAGAAAUAUUUAAUGAACAAAAACUAA